AUGAGCGGUCACCAUCCAUCUGAUGGCACUGACGAAAAACCACUGCUGCCACUCUUACAGCCAUUAGCCGUGAAAAAUGUUGUUUCUAGCAGCUCUAGCGGUACGACCAGCACAGUUCCUAGUACUGGCUUGAGCAACAAUAGCAGCGCUGACUCCAGCAAUGGCGGAAAUCCACUGCAGCUGCCGACUCGAGCCGGCUCCGUGCCUCCACUGACCAACACUGCUCAUCUACAGCAACAACAGCAACUUCACCACCAUCACCAACAGCAUCCACAUCAGCAUCAGCAUCACCAAAUUCAGCAACAGCAACAGCAGCAUCACCUUCAACAACAACAUCACGAUCAGCAGCAGCAGCAGCUUCACCACCACCAUCAACAACAACAACAGCACCAUCAACAACAGCAACAGCAACAGCAACAGCAUCAACAACAACAACAACAACAACACCAACAACAACAGCAGCAGCUCCAACAACAUCUGCAGCAGCAGCAGCAGCAGCAACAACAACAACAACAACAACAACAACAACAACAACAGCAACAGCAGCAGCAACCAUACCAACAGGCCCAACAAAGCUUUUUGUCCACCGCCUUCCAGCAACCACAAAGAGCAUACGCAUCCAAUUAUGGUUUACCAAUGACUGCUGCGGCUGCGGCUGCUAAACAGCAAUCAAUGCCUCCCUACGGCGCAAGCUACACUCCUCCUCUAGGCCCCGGAUAUCUACCAAGUCCUAUACCACAACCUAUCUUGAGCGACAAACCUUUAGAAAUGCAUCGUGGGUUUCAGCAACAAUUUCCAGUUUUCCAUGCAACACAACCACAUUUCUCAUCUCCCAUGGAAUCAGAUAAUGCAAUGAAGAAACGGCGCUUAAUGGAGUACACAGAUUUACGUCCUGAGUUAAGUAAAAGUCGCAGUUCUGGGUCAAAUGCUAAGAAGAACGGUAACGAGACCAUCUUACGAGAACUGGCAGUGAAAAACAAAUCAAGACCACUUCCCGAAUGUGCCUUGACUGUUAGAGAAGCAGAGAUAGCAGUAUUGAAUAUGGACCCAUCGACGCACACGAAAUCAGAGAUUCAAGCUGCAGAACAAGUUCGAGAACGUGAAAGACAAGUAUACGCUCUCACAUGGCUAAUGGCUACUUGUGUUGAAGAGAAGAAUAGUUUUGUACCCAGAGGUCGUAUUUUUGCACAAUAUGCCGCUUGCUGUGCUCAGAAUAACCUCAAGCCGCUAUCCCAGGCUACUUUGGGGAAACUGAUAAGGACAAUAUUUCCUGAUCUAACAACGAGACGUUUAGGUAUGCGUGGUCAAUCAAAGUACCACUAUUGUGGUUUGAAUCUCAUAAAUUCAACGAGAUCAUCGUCCCCAACUUCAUCCCUCGGCAAUCCGGGUCUGAGCACUGUCAAUGGUGUCAACUCGAUGGGCGCAGCUUCAGGUGUUAACAAUGCUAAUAAUGUCAACAACUCAAACAUACACAACGCUCACAGCUCUGUCACUGUUCAAGCCCGAGAUGAUGGGUCCAUGUAUCCUUCCAUGUCAGCGACAAGCGUUUCCACAUCAAGAUCUGCGACCCCACCUGUUUUCCAAGAAAAUGAACGAAAUGAAACCGACAAAUGGCGCGAUGCAGCUGGUUGGGAUUCGUUGCGAGUGGCAAAUGAACUAUUUAGCGAUGCGUCGAUAGUGGAUGUUAACGUGUCCUUAGAGAUACCCUCGAUAAAUUCUUAUUUGCCACCAAACACUGAUAUGGACAUCGCUGCUUCUCUGGAGUGCAUGUACAAGGUGCAUUGCAAUACCGUUCAUGAAAAUAUAAGCUUUGCAAAAUUUGAUGCGUUGACUAAUACAUUGGAAUCUUUCAGCUCGGGCUCUAUAUCACCACAGAUGUUCAACCUAUUCAUUUCCGACAUCCUUUACGAUUGGGUAAACCAAGCAGAUUUGGUGACGCACAGGGUAUCAGCGAAAUCCUUGACAAAAUUCGUAAAAGACUUUGCAACACUUCCUGCGUCAGUAUCGGAGAAGCUAAUAAAUUUUUCUCAAUCCUAUCCAGACAUGAUAUCCAAUGCCAACAUUGACUUACCGGUUCCGAUGGUCAGAAACAAAGUUCUGAUUGCUGGUAAGUUUUCUCGGCUGGUGAAGCGCACGACGCGUGUUAUAAGAACUGCGAAAAGUGCGGCGAAAGCUUAUAAAACUACCACGUCUCGAGAGGAGAUGUACGAAGACUGGAAAAAGUUCAUAAAUGUCCACGAGGUUUGUCGCUCGGAACUUUAUUGUUGUCGAAAUGAUGAAGCUACGUUGAAUGAAAUUUCUGGUUUUAUCUCCCAGGCAGUCGAUGGCUUCUUUGACCGCGAUGAGCAUUCAAUAAGCGAGAACUUUCCAAUAGAUCUAGCAUCCCAAAUUUUGACGUUCGUGCUUAAAAUUCGGGAUCAACCAGUUUCCGUGGUCAUUGCCAACGUCAAUGUCUUUACCACAGGAGUUAUACGGGAAUUGAGCAUAAUGGGAUCAGAACACGCCGGCUCUUGGUGGGCGAUUAAGACUUUUAUAGACGAAUGGCUCUAUUGGUGCGACGAGGUUGGUAGAUUUAUGAUGUCGUCCAUCUAA